CGUUUAAUGUCUAGAGGGCGCUGCGAGCUAUUCAAUGGCCAUGACGAUGUUUGGUACAAAGACGUUUGGAGAAAAGCCGAAACCUUUUCAGAUAGAGGAAGAUGGCGAGUUUUAUUACAUUGGAUCAGAGGUUGGGAAUUAUAUGCGAAUGUUUCGAGGAUCUCUGUACAAAAAGUAUCCGUCCAUGUGGAGAAGGCUGCUCACUGUGGAGGAGAGGAAAAAGAUUGCAGAACUAAAUACCGGAGCUCCUUCUUUGGCAACCAACAUCACACUCCUAAAGGCCAGUGAGGUGGAUGCCAUAUUUGAAGGAAAUGACGACAUGUUCAAAACUGUCUCCAUCAACAGUGAUUCUGCUUACCAGAUGAGCAGAGAUUACAAAUCCAAACGGAAUAACUGGGUACCGACGGUCCCCAGCAGCUCCCACCAUCUUGAUGCUGUUCCAUGUGCCACUCCAAUCAACAGAAACAGACUAGGAAAAAAACAAGUCCGGACUUUCCCCAUGUGUUUUGACGACACUGAUCCGGCUAGCAUUCACGACAAUGCUAAUCUGCAGGAGCAGCUGGUUCCCAUCCGUCUAGACAUGGAGUAUGAGGGCCAGAAACUCCGAGACUGCUUCACGUGGAAUAAAAAUGAGAAUUUGAUCACUCCGGAGCAGUUUGCGGAAAUCUUGUGUGAUGAUUUAGAUCUGAACCCCAUUAACUUCAUCCCCGCUAUCUCACAAGCCAUCCGACAACAAAUCGAGGCUUUCCCACAAGAAAAUCUCUUAGAUGAACAAAAAGACCAGCGAGUCAUACUCAAGUUAAACAUACACGUAGGCAACAUAUCACUGGUUGACCAGUUUGAAUGGGAUAUGUCAGAACCUGAAAAUUCGCCAGAGGACUUCGCACAGACACUAUGUGGCGAGCUAGGCCUUGGUGGAGAAUUUAUCACCUGCAUAGCUUACAGCAUAAGAGGACAGUUAAGUUGGCAUCAGAGAACCUAUGCAUUUAGUGAGCAGCCUUUGCCUGUGGUUGAGGUCGCCAUUAGGAACCAGAAUGAGGCUGACACUUGGUGUCCAUUUCUAGAAACGCUUACAGAUGCUGAAAUGGAGAAGAAGAUCCGAGACCAAGACAGGAACACCAGGAGGAUGAGGCGGUUGGCCAACACGGCACCAUCAUGGUAGCAGAUUCUGAAUGAACUCCGAAUUCUGUGUCAUGUGACAGACAUGUGGAACUUCACAGAGUACAGGAGUACCAGUGAAGCGACUCCGGAAGUCUUCAGACAUUUACAGUUGUGUUGUUCUCUUUGGUGCUAAGAGAAGCGAGAUCAAGACAUCAUACCAUAUAAUGUAUACCAUUUGUCAUCAUGGUAUGUGUGUGUGUGAGAGAGUGAGUGAGUGAGACUUAAUGUUGUACAUGAUGAGUCUGCAAUAGUACAUACAUAAAAAUUGAUAAAAAACACAAG